AUGGCGAUAUUCAUUGACGAUGCCGGAGAAACGUCUGGGAAUGUACCACGUCCACGGUCCUACUCUGGAAAUGAUCAUGCAUACAAUGGACUCUGGACUAGUUGCGUCCCUGUUGCCAAAGUAGUGAUGGACGACUCUGAGAUGGAUGGAUGGGUCUUUGCGCUAGGUCGGCGCCGAAGACUUCUGGGACUGCAAAAGGAACACUUCGAUUUGGCCACAUAUUGCCCUGGUGCACCUAUUCCUAUUCACCACCUUAGCAAUUGUGAAUUUAUUUCUUUUGGAGGCAGUUCCUACAGCCGGAGUUCUACUGUUUCCGGUGGUGCUACUGGAUCCGGGGACUCUAGUGUCAGUAUCGGUGGGAACACUGGCAGUGGUGGUUCGAAGACUGCUGCUUCUUCUGAUGCCUUUUGUGUUUUAAGCGAGUCCUCUGAAGUUACUGCUGCUCUUCUUAAUCCUAAAGUAAGCAUGGAACGGAAGCUCUAA